AUGGAUCUGAAGAGCAAUGUCUUCAUACUCUGUAGUGUUGUUUUUAUUCUUUGCCUAGCCAAAAUGACUUUGCACUCGCACUAUCCAAGUAUCGAAAGUCUUGCAAAAAUAGAUCAAGAAUAUUAUGUGAACAGUCCGUCGUGUAAAAUGCCAGAAAUGGAUCCAUUUUCCGCUGACAUCAUGAAACAUUUUAAACGAAAAAAGUUGAAAGAGUGCAGCAACGAUAAAGCUUUGGUAUACAGUGUGUUCGAUCCGGAACUAAGACAAUAUAGGAUGCAUAUUGAUGAGAGCUCCUUUGAAGGGCUCACAAAAAAUUUGGGAAACUCUACACUCAAGUGUCAAUAUCAGGUGAUUGGUCGGAAUACAAAGCAGUCAUAUCCGGAUAAGGAUUUUAGUCUUUCGGAUUUUCGUCCCUUAACCCAAUCUUUUUUGGUACCAAAGCACAUCGACUUUAUAAGCACCCAAUGUCAUGCUGCAAAUGGCAGGAAAGAAUUGAAACUUCUUCAAGAAGAUGCUUUUCUGUUUGUUCAGGAUCGACUGACACUUAAAAGAAACUAUACAGAACCUCGUCCUGAUAAAGAAACCAAACCAAAUGUAAUAAUCCUAGGAAUUGAUUCCACAUCUCGUAUAAAUCUAAGACGUUCUAUGCCGAAACUCCACGAAUUCCUACAAAGACCUGGAUGGUUCGAAAUGCAAGGUUUCAAUAAGGUGGGUGAGAAUACCAUACCCAAUCUUUUGGCCUAUCUCACUGGAAAUGCCGAGGAGAAAGCCAUGCAAAUGAGUAAAUUCAGUCGAGGAGGUUUUGUCGACAAACUAAAGUUCAUUUGGCAGAGAUUCAAGAAGUACGGUUAUCUAACAGCUUUCGGUGAAGAUUGUAGUAAGAUCAAUACCUUCAACUACCAUAAGCCGGGAUUUAAGAAGCAGCCAGUGGAUUAUUAUCUAAGAAAUUUCAUACUGGCCUUGGAAAAUAUUCUAAAAGUUCGAAGGGAGUAUGGAAAUGCUUUCUGUCUUGGCCGCAAGUUGGCCUUCAAAUAUGUUUUCGACUUUGCCCGCCAGUUUAUGCAACGCUUCCAGAAUUCAGCACCCCUUUUCGGAAUCUUUUGGAGCAACAGCUUCACCCACGAGGAUUUCCUGGGAGCCACCGCUUUGGAUAAGAUCUUCUGGGAAUACCUUUUAGCCUACGAUGAAUUGGGAUUUUUCAAUCAAUCGAUAGUUUUUGUACUGAGUGAUCAUGGUUAUCGAUAUGGAGUUACCCGAAUGGGCGCCAAAUCGGGUUAUCUGGAAGAACGUCUGCCAAUAAUGUUUGUAUAUGUGCCACCCUGGUUUAGGCGGAGAUAUCCCCAGUAUGUGGAAAACCUAAAGAUCAACCAGAAUCGCCUGUCCUCGGGAUUCGAUCUUUACAUGACUUUGCAUCACUUGCUUCAACUUAACCUCACUUCCAUGUCGAAAUUCAAUCCAAAAUUUCGGUCCUCACAGUGCAAAGGCUGCCAAUCGCUGUUUUUCGAACUUCCUCAUAACCGGAAAUGCUCUCAGGCGGGAAUUCGUAAAAAAUGGUGCUCCUGUCAACCCACCGAAACGGUAACUAAUCAAAAACACAUGAAGAAAGUGGGUCAGGCGGUGGUGCUUCAUAUGAAUCAACAUCUGGAGCAUCGGAAUCUUACCAAUAUCUGCGAAAGUUAUACCCUGAAAAAGGUAAUUGUUAUGGAUCGCCAGGUGCCAUUGACGGAUGAAUCCGUCGAAGAUGAUCUAGUGCACACCUACAUCAUCACAUUCGACACCAGACCCACUUCGGCGCAUUUCGAGGCCACUGUACAGUGGAACACGCAAAAGGAAACCCUGACUAUGAACGUGGACGAAGUGAGUCGACUGGAGUCCUACAAAAAACACAGUAAAUGCACAAAUGAUCCAGUAAUCAAGAAGUAUUGUAUUUGUAUUCCAUUUUAAUAAAAAAAAAA